CGUUGCUACAGACAACGAAGUACCUCCACCAUAUCUCGAGUUUUGGCUGCCAAGUGCGAACCAGUGCGUCGAUUGAGUCACUCAGAAUCCAAGUGGAUUCAGAAUUCCAGUGAAGGAGAGGAAUAAACGAGAGAGUAGACAUGCUGAGCGCGGUGAAGGGCGGCCACCACGCGAGUGGUGGGGAUGGUGGUCUCGACCUCAGCGCCAUUAUGAGUCGCAUGAGUGCGCGUACUGGGGCGCUAGUCCUGAAAAGUGUUUCAAUCUUCCUGACGAGCGGACGAAAGGUAUCCGUUAACUCUAAAAAACCGAGCUCCGAGUCACCCCCCAGGAGGAGACGAAGGAGACGGCCGGACGAUGCCAGUAUGAAGACUUACUACACCAAGGUCGUUGAUACGUUGAGGAAGAAAACAAGAUUUUCAAGGGUUGAGCUGGAGGCGCUUUGUAAAAUCUACAGGAAACUUACGUCCCUUCCUUCACAACAAAAAGAGUCAUCAAUAUUGAGUAAAGGACCCCAAACAAUUCAAACUGUUGAGGGAAUUGAUCGUACCAUAUUCCGAGAAUUGGUGCACAAUACCUUCGACAUCAUCACAGAAGAUGCCUUGAUCGAACGAAUGUUUUGCUGUUGGGAUCGUGAAUGCGAGGGAGCGAUACGACUGGAAUCCUGGAUCACAGGGCUCGAUGUUUUUUUGCGGGGUACUCUGCGGGAUAAAAUGGAAUUCUGCUUCAGAGUUUAUGAUCUAAAUAGUGAUGGGUACAUCACGAAGGACGAGAUGUUCCAAUUAUUCAAAAAUUGCUUGAUAAAACAACCGGGGGAGGAAGACCCCGACGAGGGAGUGCGAGAUCUUUCCGAACUAGCACUCAAGAAAUUGGACGUUGAUCACGACGGGAAGGUAUCGUUCAUAGACUACGAGGCAGCCAUCAAGGAAGAGCCUUUAUUAUUAGAAGCCUUUGGGCAAUGUUUGCCUACUGAGGAAAGUUGCAACGCUUUCCUCAUCACCUUACAACCAUAAAGAAAACCUAGAAUUAGUUAAAAUAAUCGCUGUAAUUAUAUUUUAUGACUAGCAUUA